UAUGUAACAAUCAUCCAAACAAAGAGUAAGGAGAAGAGAGAAGGUAUAAGUGGGGUGAUGAAAUUGGGGUCUAGUUAAGCAGGUCCAUAAUAGAGAGUAAAACCCCAGCAUUUGGUAAAGUAAAAUAUAAUUCUUGGGGCAUACGAAAUUUAUUAAUCUGAAAGCAGCGAGAAGCCCUUCUUCUUGCACCAAAAUACAGCCAUGCCAGGUCUCAUCGUCAAGAAUUAUCUGGAAGACGACCACCUUGAUGAUGAUUCUACUGACUCCGAUGAUUCUGAUGAAACAAUUCAACUUGGCCUUAUACAGCCUCCACCUUCCUCAAGCUCCGAUGAUUCUUCUGAGGACGAUGAUGACAGUGACAAGGAAGAUGGCCUCCAAGAGCCGGCCAUAGUGGAGCAAUCGGCUGACAUUAAGAUGAAGUUGGCUAAUAUUGAAAGGGAGUUAGCUGAUUUUAAAAAUAUGGUGGCUGAUAGUUUCGAGAAGAUCUUCGUAAUGCUAGAAGCACUAGUCAAGUUCACAGAGAUUCUGGUCCAGCUUUCAGCGGGUCCAUCCGUGUCCCAUGAGCCUGGCCCAACUCCCACCGCACCCACCACUGAUGCUACUGCUGCUGUUGUUGCCAUCCCGACAUCAGAGAUCCCGCCAAUUGAGACUGGACACACAACUAUGCCAGACGCAGCUGCCUAGCGGGAGUUCUCUUCAUCCUACUUAUUUUUGUUGUGCGUGCAUUGGGGAUAAUGCACGAUUCUAAGUGUUGUGGGGUGGGGUGGGGGGUCAAAUUUUUGUGGGUAAUCGUAGUUAAUUCACUAACCGUCUUCUAGCAAAAAUGGUGCUGCUGACUUGCUCGAAAACUUGGAACUAGGAAGCAUGAUGUUAAUAGUACUGCUACUACUAGUCUAGUAUAGCAAACCUUUUGUUGGUCCCGCCUUGUAUGUUUUGAAGAUUUUGGAGGCAAACAAAUGGGGAAUUCCAUAUAUUAGAAAAUCUAUGGCUUUUAAUAUUUGUA